AUGAUCUCAGCCACGAGCAGCAUGAAGAGCGUCAGAGAGCAACACGAGAAACAAGAGAACUACUUCCUGCUGUGUGACGUUCUUCCAGAAGACCGACUCCUCCGAGAGAGGCUCCAACAGAAACGACUGGAGGAGGUGCUGGAGCAGCAGCAGCAGGAGAGAGACGACGGCAGCUUCCAGCGUCUCUGCAUGUUCUGCAGCGACGAGUUCGCUGGAAACAGGUCAUCUCUGCUGAACCACAUGGCCCGAGAACAUUCCUUCAGCAUCGGACUCCCGGACAACAUCGUGUUCUGCAACGAGUUCCUGGACACGCUGCAGAACAAACUGGACAAUCUGCAGUGUUUGUACUGUGAGAAGACGUUCAGAGAUAAAACCACAUUGAAAGAUCACAUGAGGAAGAAAGCUCAUCGUCGCAUCAACGCCAGCAACAGCGAGUACGACCGCUUCUACAUCAUCAACUACCUGGAGCUGGGGAAGACGUGGGAGGAGGUGCAGAGCGAGGACGACCGCGAACUGGUCGACAACGAUGAUGACGAUGAUUGGUCGGACUGGCAGGCUCACCCCCCGUCGGCUGUGUGUCUGUUCUGUGAUGAUCAGUCGGAGACGAUGGAGCAGAUCUACACACACAUGAAGGACUCACACGACUUCGAUCUUCACAAGCUGAGGACAGAACUCAACCUCAGGUUCUACCAGCAGGUCAAACUGGUGAACUUCAUCCGGAGGCAGAUCCACCAGAGCCGCUGCUACGGCUGCGAGGGGAAGUUCCUCUCCAGAGCCGACGUGCUGCGCCACAUCGCGGCUGCAGGUCACGUGAUGAAGCUGCCAGACGUGUCCACCUGGGACCAGCCGCAGUAUUACUUCCCCACGUAUGAGAACGACGCCCUCUUGUGUUCGUUAUCUGACAGUGACGAGGCUGAAAGUGAGGAGACGAGUCACGGCGAGGACGUCCCGGUGAUCGCAGAGGACGUGUCCAACCUCAGAGCCCUGAGACAGACCAGCGUCCUCAACCAGCUGCUGAAGAAGAGAAGCUAGGACGAGGGACAGACAGCGGAGUGAAGACGUCUUCCUCUUUUCUUCUGGACUCUUCUUCACUCGCACUUUGUGAAAAGACAAACUGACCCGACGCAGCCGGAACGUGAACUUCAACACUUUACUUCACACAAAUGUUCAUUCAGUCAAUAAAGAGGAUGAUCGUCAUCAGAAGAACUUUAUUACUUUCAGUACAAAUAACACUGAGACCAGUGGAACCAGUAAGUUUGUCUGUUUACAAACGAGAAUUCAGAACCAAACUAAAAGAGAUGAAUAUGAUUCUGUGUAAUAAACCGUGAGGUUGAAACCUGGUCCAGGGUCAGUUUGUCUUCUACUGGUUCUUCACUGGUGCGAUGUUCUGCU